AUGCGACGCGUUUGGUCCAUAAAUAUCCGAAAUUUGCUGGUCUCAACUCCAUCCAAGUCCAAGCCUUCUGAGAGUACAGUAGAGCUCAACUCUUGGUACCACAGGGUUGGCCAGAAUGAGUCUCAAAGUAACGUCGAAGGAGAACGAAAUGGCAAUGAUGAAGAUGCCAUCACGCCGGAUGUGUCUCAGGGAGUGCAGAAGGCAGAAGCCAUAGCGCUUGUCUGGAAUAAGAAAAGCGCCUAUGGGACCUAUGCAUGGAUCUUCAUUUGUAUGUUUAUGCUUGGUCUUCAUGUGCCCAUUAGUGCACAAGCCAACGGAUAUGCCAGUCACUAUAAUGAGCAUGAGUCUUCCGAGAAAACCCGAAUGACACUAGAGAUUAUGCAAAAGGUACUCGGUACUGUAUUGAAGCUCCCCGCCGCACGGCUCCUCAAUGUCUGGGGCCGAGCGGAGGGAUUCUUGGUGUUCGUCGGUAUCUACCUGAUUGGAAUCAUUAUCCUAGCAGCAUGCAAUAAUGCCACCGUCUGGGCCGUUGGAUAUUCCUUUUAUGUGGUCGGACAGUCCGUGUUAUGGUUCAUCCUCUUUGUCUUCAUCACCGAUAUCACUGAGGUGCAGCAUCGCGCCCUUGCCAUGGCAUUUAUUCAAAGUCCAUUGCUAUGCACCACAUUUACUGGUCCCAUGGUUAAUGAAUCUUUGACAAGUAACCACUGGCGCUGGGCAUAUUGGGCUUUUGCUAUCAUAAUGCCUGUGGUGCUCUGCCCGCUGGCCGGAAUUUUCCGGUACUAUCAAUGGGUGGCCGAGGUUAGAGGUGUCUACAAACGACCUGCACCUAGUGGGCGGUCGCCAGCCCAGUCUAUCAUUUAUCACAUGCAAAAAUUUGAUUUGGUUGGAAAUAUCAUAUUGAAGGCGGCCUUUGUACUUUUCCUGCUACCGCUCACCAUGGAUACCUACGGCGAAAUCAUGUAUGAUUCCCCGAUGUUCAUUGUCCCUCUUGCUGUUGGAGGUUUUCUUCUGGGUUUAUAUGGUCUUUGGCAACGAUACGGUGCCCGAGAUGAACUGCUCAACACCGGAGCCCUAAAGCCAGCAAUAAUUGGUUGCUUUGCGCUUGCAUUUAUCCAACAAAUCAGUUUCUACUGCUGGGAUAUGUACAAUUUCGAAGCAAGCAUUGCGUACUACAAACUCUCAUUAAAACCGAGCUCUUAUGUGAUGCAAAUAUAUAAUCUCGGCUCACGGGUGGGAGGUAUGCUGUUUGGUUUUGCUGUUUUCUUUACCCGGCGAUUCAAACCCAUCUGCCUUUACAUUGGCUUGCCGUUAAUGAUCCUUGGACUAGGGUUGAUGAUCAAUGUGCGCGGCACAGGGGGGAGCUCGGACGUUGGGUAUAGGGUUGGAUAUCAGAUCCUUGUUGGCUUGGCUGCUGGGACUGUGGUGGUCGGAUCGCAGUUGGCGGUCACGGUAUUCGUGGAGCGCGACAGCAUUCCUAUAAUGCUAUUCUUGUUACAAAUGUGCAAUGGUUUGGGCGGUGGCAUUGGACUUAUUGUCUCUCGCGCCAUCUACAAAUCUACAUUCCCUUCUGCUUUGGGGGAUGCACUUCCUGCAGGGAACAAGACCAUAUCUGAGUCACUUUAUCAAGGAGGGUAUACGGUUCAGAAUAGCUUUCCUGCUGGAUCUGAAAUUCGUGGGGCAAUUGACAUGGCUUGGGAGGUGUAUUUGCAGCGAGCUUAUAUCAUUGCCACCGCGGUACUGGCGGCUGGAAUUCCGGCAGUGGCUAUUUGGAAGAACGUCUAUCUGAAUCAAAAGCAAAACAAGGGAGUGAUGAUCUGA